GCAUUCUUUAGUUAAAGAAUCAUCAUAUAGGAACUAAAAAAUAUUAUGAAAAUGAAGGAAACCAGUAGACUAAUGGUGUGACAUUCCAUCUAUAUAAACACAUACUUCAUAGCCUUAAUUGCACACCAAUUUGGAAGAAGUACCUGGGCUAAUAGUAUUAUUACCCAUGGCUGCUCUUCAAUCUCUUCUAGUGUGUGUUAUAUUUGCUUUUGCUGCCAUUCUGAUCCCUACAAGUACAUCUGCACAAUUAAGUGCUGAUUUUUACCAGAAAGUAUGCCCUCGGGCAUUGCCUGUCAUAAGAUCCGUUGUCAAGCGGGCUAUUAUUCGCGAACCACGCAUGGGAGCAUCACUACUUCGCCUUCACUUCCAUGAUUGCUUUGUUAACGGUUGUGAUGGAUCAAAUCUGCUAGAUGACACGGCAAACUUCACUGGUGAGAAGACAGCGCUUCCAAAUUUGAAUUCACUUAGGGGUUUUGAUGUUGUCGAUGAAAUCAAAGCAGCAGUUGACAAACAUUGCAAUGCCAGUUUGGUUUCAUGUGCAGAUAUCUUAGCUUUGGCAGCUCGUGAUUCUGUUGAAAUUUUGGGAGGUCGUUCCUUUCGCUACAAAGUAUUAUUAGGCAGAAGAGACGCAAGAAAUGCAAGCAGGAACGACGCAAAUACCAAUCUUCCACCCCCAUUUUUCAGCUUCUCUCAGCUUAUCUCUAACUUUCAAGCUCAUGGGCUAGACUUGAAAGACCUUGUUGUCCUCUCAGGGGGCCACAGCAUAGGACUUGCUAGGUGCACCACUUUCCGUGCUAGGAUUUACAAUGAUACCAACAUUGUCAAAAGCUUUGCAGCCUCCAUGCAACAAGGGUGCCCUGUAAAUGGAGGAGAUAACAACACAGAGCCACUGGAUGCAACUACAACGAAAUUUGAUACAGUGUACUACAAGGCUUUGCUGAAAAAUAAGGGCCUCCUUCAUUCUGAUCAGGAGCUCUUCAAGAAUAACGGUAGUGACAGUGAUAAGCUAGUGCAGUACUACAGUAACCACCCUCGCGGCUUUGCUAAAGACUUUGGUGUUUCCAUGAUCAAGAUGGGUAAUAUGAAACCUCUCACUGGCAAUUUAGGAGAGAUCAGGUUGAACUGCAGAAGAGCCAACUAAAACAGAAGAAUGAACUUUAUUCCAGCAUAUUCAAUCCUCUUUGAAUAAAGUGGCAACUAUAAAAUUUGCCCACCAGAUUUUAACAAUCAUUUGCUGGUUUUUUUUUUUUUUUUUUUUAACUAUCAAUGUUAAUGGCAUAUCAAGUGUGUACUAUUUUUGUUAUGUAAUUGAAAAAUAAUGACUAUUUAUUUCUAA